AUGUGUUUGAAACCGCAUGGAUUUGGAAGUCAAAUCUCCGCACAGAUGCACCAUUUCUCGGACGCCAGUGAGCUCGGUUAUGGAACGGCAUCGUACAUCAGGUUUUUGAACAAAAAUGGUGAUGUUCAUUGUCGGCUAAUUCUUGCCAAGUCAAGAGUUGCUCCGUUAAAAAUUGCUACAAUUCCCAGAAUGGAACUCACUGCUGCUGCUGUAGCAGUCAGAGUAGAUGCCAUGUUGCGAAGAGAGCUUCAGAUGCCGGUUAUUGAGUCACGAUUUUGGACGGAUAGUACCACGGUGUUGAGUUACAUUAAAAGUGACACGGCUAGAUUUCAUACAUUUGUUGCUAACCGUGUAGACCUUAUUAGAGAAGCUUCUGCGCCAAGUCAAUGGGGGCACGUAAGGACUGCAUGUAAUCCCGCAGAUGUUUGCUCUAGAGGAACGUCGGUGAAGGCGUUUCUGGACAGCGAAAAAUGGAUUAAAGGUCCAAAAUUCCUGUGGCGGGACGAGAGUGAAUGGUAUGAGAAAGACAUAGGACAGUUUACCUUGAAGAAUACUGAUCCAGAACUGAAAUGCGUCCUGGCUACAGAAGUUAAACCCGUUGAUCCCUUAAGCCGAGCAAUAGAGCGUUGCUCGUCAUGGAGCAAGCUAAAAGGUCCAUUGCCUGGAUCAUGGUGGGAAUGCAAAACUUGCAAAUGCGUGUUGCUGUUCGCAAGGGAAGAUUACCAGAAGGGCAGAUUACCAGAAGGGCAGAAACAGCAUGGAAAUCUAUCAGUUCAAGAUAUGAGGAGAGCGGAGGAAGCAUUGGUAAGGUUCGUUCAGAAAGAGCAUUGGCCAAACGACAUUGCUUCACUUCAUAAGAAAUCAUCAUCGCUUAGGAGGCUUGAUCCGGUCAUAAAGAAUAAAUUAUUGUGUGUCGGUGGUAGACUCCAGAGAGCAAACAUUGACGUUAUGUCUAAACAUCAAGUUCUAUUACCAAGAAACUCUCAUGUAUCAAGGUUGAUACUUCGAGAUAUUCACGAGACAAAUGGACACCUAGGUAAAAACCAUAUAUUAGCAAAACUGCGACAGCAGUAUUGGAUUGUAGGUACACCAUCUUUAAUAAAGCAGAUUACCUCAAAGUGUGUGGUUUGUAGAAGGUACCAGCCAUCAGUUGGUCAAAGAAGAUGGCAGAUUUGCCUAUAG